GAUGGAGGAGGUCUGGCACAGAUGGUAGCUCAGGGCGAAUCUUUUUCAAGCAAAAAAAGAGCAAGAUCGGCUGGUGAUAGAUGUUAGCGCAGAGUGAAUCUUCCUCACCAAAAAAAAAAAGAGGAGAAGGAAUCUUUCGGAAGAGUCUGCAGUGGCCUCUCAACCCAAGCUGGUCAGGGGCUCUCCGUGCCGGGUGCCAUGUCCUAAUGGAUGCAGCUGGACCCAGGGGGAUAGUGCAAGUCCCUGCGAUGACCUUGCUGGGUCAGAGGUCCCAGUGGGGACCCUCGAGCUGAGUGCCACUGGCAAUGUGUCAUUGCAGGAGUGCGUUUCCUCUGGUUCCACGCUGCCCUCCCCUGUCCCUCGUGUGCUGGGACAUCUGGAGCCGGGCUGGGGGAGGCAGGCGUGCGCUUGCUCAGAUUAGGGGCUUGUCCUUGAGGUUUUCAGGGGAGAGCAACAAAAUCCAGCUACUUGCCAGUCUCAGGCUGUGCUGUCACAGAGGGUGACUGUCGCGUUUGUAGCACAGUUGUCCUGAGAAAGGCGCCAGGCCCACCGAGCGCCACCCGAGGGCUUUUCUCUAACAACUGGCUGGAACUGUAAUUCACAUACCACACCGUCCCGCCCCCACAGUGUGCAGGUCGAGUUCUCAGGACCUUCACGGUUGUGUACCCAUCUCCCUAACUCCAGAACAUUCCACCACCCUAGAAGGACUCUCUCUGCCCAUCAGCAUCACCCCGCGUCCUCUCUCCAGCCCUGGCCCCCACGAGCCCGCUCUCUGUCUGUGGAUCGGCCUGUUCUGGACGUUUCCCGUCCAUGGGGUCACACGCCGUGUGUCCUUCUGUGUCUGCUCCUCUCCCUGAGCGUCGUGUGUGCAGGUCCGUCCACGUGCAGCCGUGUCAGGGCCUCGCUCCUCUUCACGGCUGCGUCGUGCUCCAGCGUGUGGGUGGACAGGUGGCUCCACCAGCCGUCAUGGGCAGUUGGCUGUUUCCCCCGUGUGCCUGUGAGGAACCAUGUUGCUGUGGACACUUGGGUCGGUUUUUGCGUGGACGUGUGUUUCCGUGUCUCGGGUAGACGCCCAAGGGGGGAGCUGCUGUUCCGUUGUUUGAGCCUCGGCCAGACUUUGCACGGUGGCCGCCCCGGGUUACGUUCUGCCUGUUGCUGUCGCGCCCUGGGUCCCGUGCUGCUCACUCUCUUGUGAGCCCGUUGGACGCACAGCAGCCCUGUGGGUGGGUGUCACGUCCUAGAGACGAGCCGGAGCGUGGAGCUCCACAGCCAUGUCUUUCGACACCUGGUUUCGACUUUGCCGGCAGGUCCCGCGUGGGCAGCUGUUUGGGGUCUUGGCUCCAAGUCUUAACAAGGCUUCACAGCCCAGCCCGCCAGGACACCCCGGUCCCCGACACUGUGACCACGAGAGGGGUUAUCCUUCAAACACCUGUCUCCUUGGGUCUUUGCUCAAGAACAUUGUUUCCUUCUGUUUCUGGAAUGUUCUGGAAAUGUCAGCCACCCUCCUUCCUGAUCGGGGCCUUCAUCCCUGCUCUCAGCAUGGGUGUCUGCUGUGGGCCCACUCGGGAGGGCGCCUCGGCGGAGGGUGGGGUGGGCCCGCACGGCCUGCCCGCCGCCGACCCCGCUCUGUCCGCAGCCCCAGCGGGAAGAAGUUCCGGAGCAAGCCGCAGCUGGCGCGCUACCUGGGCGGCUCCAUGGACCUGAGCACCUUCGACUUCCGCACGGGCAAGAUGCUGAUGGGCAAGCUGAGCAAGAGCCGGCCGCGCGUGCGCUACGACUCGUCCAGCCAGGCCAAGGGCAAGCCCGACCUGAACACGGCGCUCCCCGUCAGGCAGACGGCGUCCAUCUUCAAGCAGCCGGUGACCAAGAUCACCAACCACCCCAGCAACAAGGUGAAGAGCGACCCGCAGAAGGCCGUGGAGCAGCCGCGGCAGCUCUUCUGGGAGAAGAAGCUGAGCGGUCUCAACGCCUUUGACAUCGCCGAGGAGCUCGUGAAGACCAUGGACCUCCCCAAGGGAUUGCAAGGCGUGGGGCCCGGCUGCACAGAUGAGACCCUGCUCUCGGCCAUCGCCAGUGCACUGCACACCAGCACCAUGCCCAUCACGGGGCAGCUGUCGGCUGCCGUGGAGAAGAACCCUGGCGUGUGGCUCAACACAGCCCAGCCGCUCUGCAAGGCCUUCAUGGUGACCGACGAGGACAUCAGGAAGCAGGAGGAGCUGGUGCAGCAGGUCCGCAAGCGGCUGGAGGAGGCGCUGAUGGCCGACAUGCUGGCCCACGUGGAGGAGCUGGCCCGGGAUGGGGAGGCGCCACUGGACAAGGGGGGCGCCGACGAGGAGGACGACGAGGAGGAGGACGAGGAGGAGGAGGAGCCCGACCAGGACCAGGAGAUGGAGCAUGUCUAGAGCAGCUGCCUCCGGCAGGCGGUCCCAGACCAGCCGGCGCAGUGGCUGUGGGGCUGGAGGACGUCUGGGGUCCUGGGACCUGCCGCGGGUGGCGGUGGUGCCGGGCCAGAGCCCCAUGAACCCUGCAGGACGCCCGUGGGCACUGACAGGCCCGUCCCCUCUGCCCGGAGGCCCCGCCCGCAGACUCACCCUCACCUGUUGGGACCAGGCUCGGUGGCCUCUCUUUGCCCUUCCCAGGCGUGUCCCUUCCCCGGGCUGCAGGGCAGUGGGGGCACAGCUGGAGAACGGCCCCUCACCCUGUGCACCCCACGUUUGCUCUUCUCUAAGGGGCCUGGAGCCGACAUGCCAGAGGCUCCUCGGGGUCACCCCUCCACAGACUCGGGCUGCCGUGCCCCUGACAUUGCGGCCAGCCUUGUCCCUGUGGCCACCACCCCAAGCGCCUCAUUCAGGACAGCUGCCGCCAGGUGGGACGAUGUGGCGGGGCCAGGCCUCGUGGCGGGGGUCAGGAUGGCUCCCUGGGCACCUGCCCCGCUGGGCAAAGCCGGGGCGCUCGGAGCGCAGCCGAAGGCAGAUGGCACAGGUGUGUCCUUCCCUGACCGAGGUGCAGACCGGUGGAUGUGGGCCCUGCCUGGCCUCCGCUGGCCGCGCAGACGGGAGCACAGGCCGCGCCUCUGGAAGCCUUGCUCCCCGCAGUUGGCCGCCCGGCCUGGGGCUCAGCUGCCAGCACCGGAGGACACUUGUGGCCAGCGUGUGCGUGGCCGGACUUUCAAGGCCGGGGCUCUGAGACAGCUCCGCAUUGGCCAACCUCCGUGCCUCAGUUUCCCCCUGUUCCCAGGGACAGUGACGCCUGGCUCUCGGGGCUGCAGGCUCUCAUGCUGCCCGGCCGGACCUGGCUGGGGCCACGGCUGCUCUGCCUUCCUGUCCCGGGCGUGUCUCUGGCCGAGCAUUUCCCAGGGAGCAGGGGUGUCAGGAUCCGGCCUGAGUGCCUUGGUGAGGGGGGCGCCCACCAUCCCCACCUCGGUCCCAGGAACACCCUCGGGGGCCCCGCCGGCCCUGCCCGCAUCGGCCUUAAGCCCCCAGAGGGUCCUUGGGUCAGCUGGAGGCACCGGCCCUGCCCUGCCAGCAGCCCGUGACCAGCGGGAAGGCCCCGGUGGCCGCCUCACCUGGCUGGGCGCCCUGGCUGAUCCGGGGUCUGGGGGUGGUGGGAGCCCCCCUGAGCGUGGGAGGUUGCUGCCCAUCGGUGGCCCAGGAUGCCGGCUGACCGCAGCCCCCCGCGUCAAGUUGAAGCACAAAUCCUCAAAAAUGGUAGACUCUGCAGCCGGGGGCCGCCGGCCAGGCACCACGGGCCCCCAGGAAAACCCCUCCCCUGAGGGCCAGAUGUCCCACCCCUCCCGGAGGCCGGGCAGGAGGGGACGCCAGGUGGGGGCCUGGCCGUGGGUUGCGAGGUGUCCUGUGGGCAACUGAAUAAAGCCAUCUCUGUGCGCGCA